AUGGAUUCUGAAGAAUACUCUGAUUCUGAUUCAUCGUAUUCAGAUUUUUCUUCUGAAAGUGAUGAGGAUGCAUCAUUAGAUGAUGCAAGAGACUGGUGUCGUCUGGAUGAAGACAACCUUGGACCUUCUCCCCCAAGAUUUCCAUUUACUGCGAAUCCCGGAGUAAAAGUUGAGAUCCACAGUUCUUCACCUUUGGAAUUCUUCGGAAUUUUUUUUUUUGAUGAUGAUAUCGUUAGCUUUAUUGCGAGUGAAACAAACCGUUUUGCCGAGGAUUUUAUUGAAAAUAAUGAAUUAACACCCAGUUCAAGGUCGCACAAUUGGAAAGACAUGGAUUCCAGCGAAAUACGAGUAUUUCUGGCUCUACUGAUACUCCAAGGAAUCCUUCAAAAGCCAAUUCAAAAGUUGUAUUGGUCCCAAAUUCCAUACUUUUAUACUCCGUUUUUCGGUCAGAUAAUGUCCGAAAGAAGGUUUGCUUUGUUAAUGAAGUUCUUGCAAUUCACUAAUAAUGCAACAAUAGAUACAAGCAAUCAUCCUCAACCUGGACUGCGAAAAAUAUAUGAAGUAUAUGAAGCCUUAAACAGGAAAUUUAAAUCUUCAUAUAUUCCUGAAUGUGAAGUGACUGUGGAUGAAUCGUUGCUCUUAUAUAAGGGCCGGUUGGUCUUUAAGCAAUACCUACCAAAAAAAAAGUCGAAAUUUGGAGUAAAAUUUUACCAAUUAUGUGAAUCAAGCACCGGAUAUAUUUGGAAUAGCUUAGUAUACACUGGAAGAGACAUGCCUUUAUGGCAAAACGCGAAUAAAUAUUCUUCAACCACUAAUAUAGUUAUGACGUUGAUGGAAAAUCUUCUGGGUAAAGGAUAUUGCGUAACUUUGGAUAAUUUUUAUACUUCACCAGAACUGGCAGAGAUUUUGAUAACUAAUAAAACAGAUGUUUAUGGAACUCUACGAUCAUAUAGACGUGGUAUUCCACAAGACAUAAAGGACAGAAAUAUUAAAAAGGGAGAGAUAAUUGGAUUCCAGAAAGGUAAAAUGUGUAUUUUAAAGUAUAUGGAUAAGAAGCCAAUCCAUAUGCUUAGCACAAUACACACAAUUGAUUUUGUUGAGAAGUGCAAAAGGAAGAAAAGUAAUGGCGAUAUUGAAGAAAUUAAAACUAAAAAGCCUAAGGCUGUUUUAGACUAUAAUCGAACAAUGGGAGGUGUGGAUAUGGCUGAUCAAUGCUUAUCAUAUUACCCAACAGUUCGAAAUCAGCAAAAAAAAAAAAGUAUUACAAGAAGAUUUUCAGGCAAUUAUUGA